UUCGUUCUCCGUAUUCAGAAAGGUACAAACUACUUCCCUUACCUAUUGACAAAGUCUAAUAAGCCAAACAAAAAGCAAGAUAAUGGCAAAAUGUAACAAGUCUCUUGUCGUGAUUCUCCUCCUCCUUCACAUCCUAUGCUUGCAAUCACAAGUGAAUGGUUUUUCUCGUCAACCUUCUCGCCAGUUAAUCUUCACACCCCACAAACGUUCGGAUUCUGAUCCUCAACAGGUGCACAUUUCGUUGGUGGGCAAUGAUCAUAUGAGGGUGUCAUGGAUAACCGAUGACAAACACUCAGAAUCUGUGGUGGAGUAUGGAACAAAGAAAGGUGAAUAUAGCACAAAAGCAACGGGGGAACACACUUCAUACCAUUAUUUCUUGUACGAAUCCGGCAAGAUCCACCAUGUGGUAAUUGGGCCUCUUCAGCCCAACACAAUUUACUACUACAGGUGCGGAGGAUCGGGUUCUGAGUUUUCCUUCAAGACACCUCCACUAAAGUUGCCUAUUGAAUUUGUUGUCGUUGGGGAUUUGGGACAAACUGAAUGGACAACAUCAACCCUAAAACAUGUGGAUAGCAAAGACUAUGAUGUGUUUCUACUACCUGGAGAUCUAUCCUAUGCUGAUACCCAUCAACCUCUAUGGGACUCCUUUGGUCGUUUGGUGGAACCCUACGCUAGUCGUAUACCAUGGAUGGUUACAGAAGGCAACCAUGAAAUCGAAACUUUCCCCAUUAUCCAACCAAAUGGUUUCAAGGCCUACAAUGCUCGUUGGCCCAUGCCAUACAAGGAAAGUGGCUCCACCUCAAACCUCUAUUACUCAUUUGAUGUUGCUAGCACCCACGUCAUCAUGUUGGGCUCUUACACAGAUUUUGAUGCACACUCCCAACAAUACACGUGGCUUCAAUCUGACCUAGCUAAGAUUGAUAGGAAGAGGACGCCUUGGGUGAUUGCAUUGUUGCAUGCACCUUGGUAUAAUACUAAUGAGGCACAUCAAGGUGAAGGUGAAGACAUGAGACAGGCCAUGGAAGAGUUGCUUUAUGAAGCUCGUGUUGACUUGGUCUUUGCUGGCCAUGUUCAUGCAUAUGAACGCUUUACUCGAAUUUAUGACAAUAAGGCUGAUUCAUGUGGUCCGUUGUACGUGACGAUUGGAGACGGAGGAAACCGUGAGGGGCUUGCAUUAAGGUUUAAGAAGCCUCCUAGCCCACUUUCUUUGUAUCGGGAGCCAAGCUUUGGUCAUGGAAGGUUGAGAAUAGUGAACGAAACACAUGCAUAUUGGUCGUGGCAUCGCAACAAUGACACCGACACAUUUGUAGCUGAUGGUGUUUGGAUUGAGAGUUUAAGCAACUCGAAAGCUUGCUGGAAUGCACAAGGCCAGCAUGUUGCUCAUGAAGAGCUUUGAAAGCUCAACUUUGACACCCAACAAGAAAGAGAAGCACUUUAGGAAAAAUUAUUAAAUAUACUCUAAAAUUACAACUACUAUAUGAUCUAUAAACACAUGGCUAGGACUAUAAUAUUAUUUUUCCUAGAAAUAAGUUUAUGUUGAACAUUUUCUCAUUUUUAUUAUGUUGUGUGAAAAAAGUAUUACUCACCCUUGCUGUACUUUUUCUUUUGUAAACAAUAAUGAUGAGGUUUGAAUUUACGAAUUCAUGUAAUUAUGUUAA